GUGACUGCUGCAGCCUGAGACAUCCCUCCAGGAAUCUGAGUGCCUGAGUCCGCUGGCCCGAGGACCUCUGCUUGCUCUGGUCAACUCCGCUUGCUCCAGUCAGCCUCCGCACGCUCAGUCCCUGCUUGCUCCAGCCCAAAACACUCGGGGAUCGCACUCACGGCACCUCCUUCCCGGUAAUCCUCUCUGGAAACAUCUUCAUUGAUACGUCCAUAGGUCUUUCUUCAAUGGCUGCCAUAUUCAGGCCUAUCCCAUGGGCCUUUAGGGGUUCUCUGUGUCUACCUCUCUCAGCUCGAAGGUUCAGCAAAACAGUGGAUGAGAAUCGCUCCCUGGCUGGGAAAGUGGCUGUGAUCACUGGUUCCACGAGAGGGAUUGGCUUUGCCAUCGCCAGGCGUCUGGCCCAGGAUGGGGCACAUGUGGUCAUCAGCAGCCGGAAGCAGGAGAAUGUAGAUGAAGCCGUGACCAUAUUGAAGGAGGAGGGACUGAGUGUGACUGGCACCAUGUGCCACGUGGGGAAGGCUGAGGACCGCCAGCACCUUGUGACCACAGCCCUGAAGCAUUCUGGGGGCAUUGACUUCCUUGUGUGUGUGGCCGGAGUCAACCCUCUGGUGGGAAGCACCCUGGGAGCCAGUGAACAGAUCUGGGACAAGAUCCUGGAUGUAAAUGUGAAGUCUCCAGCUCUGUUGCUAAGCAAGGUGCUGCCCUACAUGGAGAACAGAAGGGGAGGCAGCGUUGUUCUGGUAUCCUCUGGAGUGGCUUAUGUACCAGUUCCAAAGCUGGGCGUCUACAACACCAGCAAGACCGCUCUGUUGGGGCUCUGCAAGUCUCUGGCUAUGGAGCUGGCUCCAAAGGGCAUCAGAGUCAACUGCCUAGUGCCAGGAAUUAUCAAGACUGACUUUAGCCUACGGGAGAAAACGAUGCCAAACAUGCUUCCUGACAUGAAUAAAAUCUUCGGAGUGCAGCGGUUAGGGGAGCCGGAAGAAUGUGCCGGGCUUGUAUCCUUCCUGUGCUCCUCAGAUGCCAGCUACAUCACUGGGGAGAACAUCAUGGUGGCUGGCUUCUCCUCUAAACUGUGAAGAGACAGCAUGGGUUAGAGACUGGGGUUAAAGUCCUCAAGUGGAAGAAGACACAGGACUUGGUGGGAAAUAUGUAGAUGUAGAGCUUUAAGCUGUGCUUAGGAUCCAGGUCAUAUAGGGAUACUUACUGAAAUGUUGCGAAGGAAAGCAGGUGUUUAAAGAUUUCAUUUGGAAUAAAUUUGUUUGGACACU